AUGUGUGCCUCUGACUUCGUCAGUGCCCCGGACCCCGUUGCUCAGCACCGCAAGAUGUACGUGACACUCGUGUUCUGUGUGAAGGGCUCCCGCCUGGUCAAAUCCUUGCUCUGCCUGCCCCUGCUGUGCCCUGCCUUCCUGGUGGUCGUGGUCCGCGUGGCUGAGUACCGCAACCACUGUUCAGACAUUCUGGCUGGCUUCCUUACCGGAGCAGCCAUCGCCACCUUUCUGGUCACCUGUGUCGUGCACAACUUCCAGAGCCGGCUGCCUUCUGGCCGAAGGCUCUCCCCCUGGGAGGACUUGGGCCAAGCCCCCACCAUGGAGAGCCCCCUCGAGAAGUUAAGUGUGGCCCAGAGCCACAGAACUGCACCCGCCGUGGCCACCUGAUCCCCAGCUGCGUGUCCUCCAGGGCUCCAGCCAUGUGUUCGUCGCCCCGUGUGCCGCGCCCUCGGUUGAGGUCUGAGCCGACACCGCUGCCCCUGCCCCUGCCUCUGCGUGCACCAGCUCCCAGCCAGGGCCCCUCACCCUCCUCCCCGGGGCCUGGGGGGCCAGGUGGGGGAGGCGGACGUGGUCGGAAGCUGCUGCUGCCCACACCUCUACUGCGGGACCUGUACACCCUGAGCGGACUCUACCCCUCCCCUUUUCACCGGGACAACUUCAGCCCUUACCUAUUUGCCAGCCGUGACCACCUGCUGUGAGGCCCCACCACCCACCCAGAACCUACCCGCUCCCCAUUUCUCCCCUGCCACGCGUGUGUGUGCGUGUGCCGUGUGAGUGCCAAAGCCCCCUGUCCCCAAACCAGCCAGGCCCAGAUAUCAGCCUGGCUGGGAGGACAUUAGGGGGACCCUCCGCCUCUCUUGUCCUCUGGGACCAUCCAAGGGGCAUAACUAGGAGGUGGGCCUCUAGGGUGGCUCCUUUAAGAGCCAAAACCUGACCCUAUUGGCCACUGCCAGCCAGUGGGGACCCCCAGUUCUCAGAAUUCUAACCAAAAGGACUUUACUUCAGCCAAUGGGAAACUCCCCCGUCAAUUCUUAGAAUCUCAGGCAGAGGGCAACUCCAGGCAGUGUUCAGCGUCAGAACAACCAGUAGGAGUCCUUGGUUUUCAGAAUUUCUAAGGUGGGUGGGUAUGAUUCCAGUCAAUGGGGGACGCCAAUGUCAUAGCGCGUGCCAAGGAGAGGAGGGAGGUGGGGUCAUCCUUUGUCACUGGGUCUUCUCAGAAUGAGAAUGCUCAGCAGGAGGGUGGGGGCAGGCUCCCCCGCGGCAGGGUCCUUGGCGCACCUAUUCCUAUCUCAGCCCCGCCUCCAUGUGCAACCUCUCACUGAGUCCCUCCUAACUCCCUACUUACGCAGGGCUAGCCCCAGUUCAGAGGUUUUUGGGCUUCAUGGUGCUGUGCUUCCCCUUGCCUGAGCCUGGGUCACUGUAAACCCUUCUGUUAGUUAUUAGGGCUGUGGGAAGGGGCCUGUUUUUCCUGGAAACCACCCCUGUUCUCCACACCAUUCCCCAUGCCUCAGCCUCAUGCUUAUGUGCCAUUAUAGAGGACAUGGGUGGAGCAGAGAGGGCUCCCCCUCCUCGGGCAGCCAAAGGUACUGGGCAGAGGAGAAACUGCCCCACCUUUCCUGCUCCCUCCUCA